AUGGCGACAAGCAUGCGACCACAAGAUAACCCGGUCGACCACCGACCGCCUCCCAAGGACCUCACACAUCACCUCAGUCGAGCGACCAAAGCCAGGCAGGCGAGCUCUAUGAAAGCAUUCUACAAGUAUUUUUUCAUCCCUGGUAUCGGUCAAUUAGCUGGAGGAUUGCCGAACAAUUACUAUUUCCCAUUCGACACUCUCGAGGCCAAGAUAGCACGGCCAGAUCGAUGGACACCGACACCAAACAAGCCCGUCGACCCGCCAUCCCGCGAUGACGAUGAGAGGGGCGACGUUGCUGCUCCGAUGCGCAACCUGAAUGUCGGCACAACCAGCAGUCCCCUCAACCAACCUCAGGACACCCUCACAGUCCCACAUACCAGCGCACAGAAGAAUCCGGUCCAGAAGAUCGACCUAGCUUCCGCACUACAGUAUGGUACUGCACAGGGAUAUCCACCACUCUACUACUUCCUCCGCCAGUUCACACAAGACCACAUGCAUCCCAAUUGCCCUUAUAAAGGCGGGCCAGAGAUCAUCUUGACUUGCGGUAACACAGACGGCUUCAGCAAGGUGCUGCAGGCAUUCAGCAAUGAGUGGAGUGAGGAGAAGGACUGGAUUAGGGAUAGAGAACACUUGCUGGUUGAGAGCUUUUGUUACAUGAAUGCUGUCCAGGCAGCUCUUCCGCGCGGGCUGGGAGCUGUGCCGGUAGUCCUGGACGAUGAAGGCAUGGUUGUGGAAGGCAAGGGCGGGUUGAGAGAUGUGCUGGAGAAUUGGGACUUCAAGCGGGGCAAGAGGCCACAUCUGAUGUAUACUGUGACCAUGGGCCAGAAUCCGACUUCUGGUGUCCUUUCGCUACAGCGUCGCCGCGACAUUUACGCUCUAUGCAGCAAAUACGACAUUCUAAUCGUCGAGGACGAUCCCUACUGGUACCUCCAAUACCCCACCUCAACCGCCACAAACACCACCACCGUCUCCUCCUCAGCAAAUACAUCUUUCAACCCCGACGUAACCAUGUUCGCCAAUUCCGAGCCCCUCCCCGACAACUGGAAGUCCUCCGGCUACCCUUUCCUCGACUCCCUCGUUCCCUCGUUCCUCUCCGUAGACACCGACGGCCGCGUCCUCCGCCUCGAUACCUUCUCAAAGACAGUCGCACCCGGCUGUCGUCUAGGCUGGAUCUCCGGCCAACCGGACCUCAUCGAACGUAUCCUACGCAUCACAGAGACCUCCACCCAACAACCCUCCGGCUUCGUCCAAAGCAUCAUUGCUGAACUGAUCCUCGGGCCGGAGCAAAAAGGCAUCGCAGACCAGAACCUCAAGAAGGACAAGAACGGCCGAGGUGGCCUUCCCACAGGUGAAGGCUGGAAAGCCGAUGGUUGGGUCCGCUGGCUCGAAGGCCUUCGCGGCAACUACGAGCGUCGCAUGAACCACAUGUGCAAGAUCCUCUCCUCCAACUCCCACAUCGUCAAGACCGGGCGCCGCGCAAGCCUCACACAAGCCCUAGCCGACGGAGAGGAAGAAGAAGACGACGAAUGGAACGUGGUGGAAAAACAACAAAUCUUCUCCUUCGACUGGCCCGUAGGCGGCAUGUUCGUCUGGCUCAAAAUCCUCUUCGACUCUCAUCCGCUCUAUCACACCUACGCCAAGGCCAACCAGCUUGACCGUCUUUCCCGUGCCCUCUGGAUCCUGUGGACCACGAAACCAUACCUCGUCCUCGUCUCUCCAGGAGGGAUCUUCUCACCCACGCCUGAGAUAAGGGAGGCGGAGGGGUGGAAGUACUUCCGGUUAUGUUUCGCUGCUAUCGACGAAGAACAGCUUGGUCCUGUCUCGGAGAGGUUGGUCGAGGGCGUGAAGGCUUUCUUCAAGAUUAGGGAGAAGAAGGUUAUUGAGAAGUUGUUGGAGGAGGAUGAGGUGGCUUUGCAGGCGAGGAUUGAGGGGAUGGGGGAGGAAGGGGGGUUGGCGAUGGUUGGUGGGCCUUGUUAG